UUUCUAUCUUAUUAUCAAACUAAAAGUGUGAAAGAAAAAUGGGUGAAGAGGGAGAGAAGGCGAGCCUAGUGUUCAUCCCAUUCCCCGUCGUGAGCCACCUCGUCGCGGCGGUGAAGACGUCCGAGCUCCUCGCCUCCCGCGACAGCCGCCUCUCCAUCACGGUCCUCGUCAUGAGCAUGCCUACCGACACCAAGAUCACCUCCUACAUCAAGAAUCCCCAAAUCAACUUCGUGCGCCUCAAACAAGACGAUGAAUCCGGAUCAGGAGAAGAAGCCAUGAAGCCUCCGAAAAGCAUGUUGCAUUUCGCCGCCCGCCACAAGGCCUCCGUCAAGGGCGUGGUGUCGGAGAUGAAGAAAUGCCGGAGAGUUGCCGGGAUUUUCGUCGACAUUAUGUGCGUCGACAUGAUCGACGUGGCGAAGGAGCUCGGCGUCUCGAGCUACGUAUUCUUCGCCAGCGGCGCUGCGAUUCUCCGCCUCAUGUUCGAUCUUCAGAGGCUUGGGGAUGAUCGUGGCGGGGAUUUGGCGGAGUUUGAGGGGUCGGAUGAGGCGAUUUCGGUCUCGUCGUAUGGUAGCCCGGUUCCGGCUAGGGUUUGGCCGGAUCCGGUGUUUGACCGGGAGAGCGGCUUCCUUGAAUUGUCGAGGAAGGCGCGGGAGGCCGAUGGGAUCGUGGUCAACACGUUUCUCGAGCUCGAGCCUCACGCGAUUGGCUCAAACCCUGGCCAGGAGCGGAUCCCGAGGUUUUACCCGGUCGGGCCGAUCAUCGGGGGUGAGGGGGAAGAGAGUGAUGAGAGUAGGCGGAAGCGCGAGGAAAUCGGGCAGUGGCUAGACGGCCAACCCGAUUCCUCGGUCGUGUUCCUCUGCUUCGGAAGCUUUGGUGCUUUCGAGGCAGAGCAGGUGGUGGAGAUCGCGGAAGCACUGGAGCAGAGUGGGAAACGGUUUUUAUGGUCGCUUAGAAAACCGGUUUCUGAAAAGGGGAUUGUUUUCCCCGGGGAGUACGAGAAUCCCGGGGAAGUGUUACCUGAGGGGUUCCUUGACCGUACGGCGGGGGUGGGUAAGGUGAUCGGGUGGGCCCCUCAAGUAGCUGUGUUAUCUCACCCUUCGGUGGGAGGGUUUGUGUCCCACUGUGGGUGGAAUUCGACUCUAGAAAGUGUCUGCUGUGGGGUCCCCAUGGCCACCUGGCCGUUGGGGGCCGAGCAGCAGGCCAAUGCAUUCCAAUUGGUCAAGGACAUUGGGAUUGCGGUCGAGAUUAAAAUGGAUUAUCGGAAGAAUAGUGGUGAGAUAGUGACAAAAGACGUUAUCGGGAAGGCAAUCGAGCAGCUGAUGGACCCCACAAAUGAGAUUCGAGCUAGGGUUAAGGAGUUGAAGGAGAAGAGCACCAUGGCGCUCAUGGAAGGGGGAUCAUCGUAUAAUUACCUAGGUUGUCUAAUUCAAGAUUUCUUUCAAAGUUGUUGAUGUUGCUCCAUUAAUUUAGACAUUGUAUCCAUAGAUAUUAUA